AUGCCUCGGCGUGAUACCAGUGACCAGGAAGUCCGCCUUCUGCAAGGUCACAAUCGAUCGUCUACAGACUCGGAUUCUUCAACAUCAUCUAGCGACGAUACCACAUGCGAACCAGGUCCAUCUUCGACUGCCAGUCCAAACGUUGUUGGCGCCCGUGGCACCGCCGACCAUCCGAACGACGCUUCCGAUCUUGACACGAAGAAUACAAAGAUCCAUAGUGACAGCGAGUGGUUGGAAUUGGACAACAUGAAUCCCAAUGACCUUCGCCGUCCAAAUUACCAUCGUCAUGGCGAUGGUAAAUCUGGAACCCCUCUCCUCUACAAGGAAGAUGACCCAGAGCGCGGCCGCGCUGGUUACUCGCCUCCUAAUGAUGGAUCAAAGGGGUCAAGGGAGUCCAGUGAAGACGAUCUCCCAUAUCAUCCCAGAGAAUCAAUGGGAAGACCAAGUCUCAGUCGGCGAUCAACAAUGCGCAGUCGAAGCCCUCAAACUGCUGCCGCUGCCGCCGAAGAUUCGACCAAGAAGAGGUACACGUACGCAGGAUUCUUCCUCAUUAUCAGUCUGAUCGCAUUCUGCGUCCAGACUGAACUGAGCGCAUACAUCCAACACGACCUUGGCUGGGACAAGGCUUACUGUAUGAUGUACUUUACCCACGGUUCUUGGGUUGUGUUAUGGCCAGUUCAGCUCCUUAUUUUACGCUUCCAGAAGCGCGAUGUACCAUGGCCAGUAUUCUGGAGGCGACAUAAGCAGCAAUUACGCACCACCGCCAUUAUGAUCGAAAAGCAGACCCUUGAUGUAUUUCAUAUAUCGAUUCAGCAUCGCGCAAGGCCCGUUCGCUACUUUGUUCGAUUCACUGCCAUCAUUACCUGCUCACUGACCGUCGCUGGUUUGAGUUGGUACAUUGCCGUUAGUCUGACAACGCCAUCGGAUUUAACGGCCAUUUACAAUUGCUCCGCCUUCUUCGCAUACGUAUUUUCCGUUCCACUUCUUCGCGAGCCCCUUCGACUCGACAAGUCGGUUGCUGUUCUGAUCGCCAUUGGUGGUGUCCUCGUCGUUGCUUAUGGUGACACCAAGGAGGGAGGCGAGAGUGUAGAGGCCGGAAACCGAUUCCUUGGCAACCUCGUCAUUGGUGUUGGAUCAGUUCUGUAUGGCCUGUACGAGGUCUUGUACAAGCGCUAUGCUUGCCCACCCGAGGGCUGUUCACCUGGUAGGGGUAUGAUCUUUGCCAACACCUUCGGUUCUCUGAUUGGGUUCUUCACUCUCACGGUGCUCUGGCUUCCUCUCCCAAUUCUCGACUGGCUCAACAUUGAAAAGUUUGAGAUCCCAGCUGCUUCUACGUGCUGGCUCAUUCUCCUCGCGGUGCUUUCCAAUGCCACUUUCAGCGGUUCAUUCCUCGUUCUUAUCUCGCUGACUUCACCCGUCCUGUCAUCGGUGGCUGCGCUGCUCACCAUCUUCAUUGUUGCCAUUGUGGAUUGGAUGAUCACCGGAGAGCCUCUGAGCUUUGCCGCCAUUGUUGGAGGCGCCAUGAUCAUUGUCGCAUUCUUGGGGCUGACCUGGAGUACGUAUCGAGAGAUGAAGGAGCAUGCAGCGAUGGAACCUGUUCCAGACUUUUCGGACAGCGACAAGGAUGGUGACAUCGACAGUGACGAAGAUUAG